AUGGAGCAACAACCGGAAAAUGUAGACGACGGGAGCUUCCUGGAGCGUAAGGGACAAAACAGAAAAGUGAGAGAAGGAGACGACCGAGAGACCUCCGCCGUGGCCGCCGGCGGAGGUCACGCGCUCCUCAAAAUGAUCGCCGCUCAAGUCGAAACACUGAAUUCCACUUUCUCCUGGAAAGAAUCCGAUCGCCUAGUCGCAAAACGCGCCGCUGUAAUUCUGGCUGAGAUCGCUAAAAACGAGGAUUUCGUGGACGCGAUUGUCGAAGAAGGAGCUGUUCCAGUUCUCGUUAAGCAUCUACAGGCUCCGCCGUACAGCGAUGGGGAUGAAGCUCAAAAGUCGUUCGAACACGAGGUCGAGAAGGGAAGCGCGUUCGCUCUUGGUUAUCUCGCAAUCAAGCCAGAGCACCAGAAGCUGAUAGUAGACAAUGGUGCAUUGCCCCAUCUUGUGAAUCUAUUGAAGAGAAACAAAGAUGGGCAUAGUUCUCGAUCUGUGAUCAGAAGAGCUGCUGAUGCCAUUAUCAGUCUUGCUCAUGAGAAUAACAAUAUCAAGUCCCUUGUAAGGUUAGAAGGUGGUAUUCCAGUACUUGUGGAGUUGCUUGAAUUUGAUGAUCCAAAAGUUCAGCGAUCAGCAGCAGGGGCAUUGAGGACCCUUGCGUUUAGAAAUGAUGAUAACAAGAACCAAAUAAUUGACUGUAAUGCUCUUCCAACGCUCAUUCUAAUGCUAGGAUCAGAGGACGCUGCGAUACAUUACGAAGCGGUUGGCGUAAUUGGUAAUCUAGUACAUUCGUCUGUAAACAUGAAAAAGAAGGUUCUUGAUGCUGGUGCCUUGCAGCCUGUCAUUGGUCUUCUCAGUUCUUGUUGCUCCGAGAGCCAAAGAGAGGCAGCUUUGUUACUUGGACAGUUUGCUUCUGCUGAUUCUGAUUGCAAGGCACACAUAGUGCAAAGGGGGGCUGUCUGUCCUUUGAUCGAGAUGCUUCAGUCACCUGAAGUUAAGGUGAAGGAAAUGUCAGCCUUUGCGUUAGGGAGACUUGCACAGGAUUAUCACAAUCAAGCUGGCAUUGCCCAUAGGGGUGGUUUAGAACCUUUAUUGAAGCUUCUUGAUUCAAAAAAUAGAUCUCUGCAACACAAUGCUGCGUUUGCUCUUUAUGGUCUUGCUGAUAAUGAGGAUAAUGUGUCCGAUUUUAUCAGGGUGGGAGGCGUCCAGAAGCUUCAAGAUGGAAAGUUUAUUGUUCAAGCAACUAAAGAUUGUGUUUCAAAAACAUUGAAAAGAUUGGAGGAGAAGAUUCACGGAAGAGUUUUAAGUCAUCUGUUGUACCUUAUGCGUGUUUCGGACAAGCCUAUCCAAGAACAAGUUGCUCUUGCUCUCGCCCUUCUCUGUUCCCCAGAGGAUCAGCGGACCGUAUUCGUUGAUGGAAAUGGAUUGGAGUUGCUUCUUGGCCUUCUUGGUUCUACAGACACUAAGCAGAGACUUGAUGGUGCUGUGGCCUUAUACAAAUUAGCAAUUAAAUCUAUGGCGCCUUCUCCUGUCGAUACUGCUCCUCCAUCUCCAACACAAAUAAUAUAUCUUGGAGAGCAAUAUGUAAAUAAUGCUACGCUCUCUGACGUAACCUUUAUAGUUGAAGGCAGGACAUUUUAUGCUCACAGAAUUUGUCUGCUGGCAUCUUCCGAUGCAUUUCGCGCAAUGUUUGAUGGAGGUUACCGAGAAAAAGAUGCAAGAGAUAUCGAGAUUCCAAAUAUUCAAUGGGAAGUUUUUGAGUUAAUGAUGAGGUACAAAUACACUGGUUCAGUCAACAUACCAACAAGAGAGAUUGCACAAGAUGUUCUAAGAGCAGCGGAUCAGUAUCUCUUGGAUGGGCUCAAGCGACUCUGUGAAUACGUCAUUUGUCAGGAUAUAACGGUGGAAAACGUAGGGAGCAUGUACGAUAUUUCAGAAGCAUUCAACGCCAUGUCGCUGAGGCAAACUUGUAUCUUAUUCAUCCUGGAACACUUUGAGAACCUGAGUUUGAAACCCGAGACGAACCAACUGGUGCAGCGAACAAUCCCAGAGAUACGCAGUUACUUUUGUAGAGUCCUCACCAAGUCCGACUAA